GAGCUCGAGCCCCCUCCUCCCACCCACGGACAACAACACCAACCCCGCAGGCUCCAGCUCAGCGACCCCACCCCCAACCCCCUCUGAGCGAGAGGGGACGGAGCGAGACUCGCACACUCGGAGUCACGGAGAAAAGACCGCUUCGGGAUCCCGGCUCUGCUUCGCCCUCAAUCCGGGCCUGAUGCUGUAGCAGCCCGCGCAGGAGGAGAGCGAGAGCGAGCGAGAGACAACGCAGUGAUUGAGAGUCGCGGCGAGGGACUGGGCGGACUACGGCAUUGCUCAUUCGCCUGGAAACAUGGGAUGUACGCUGAGCGCCGAGGAGCGCGCCGCUCUGGACCGGAGCAAGGCCAUCGAGAAGAAUCUGAAGGAAGACGGGCUGGUCGCCGCCAAGGACGUCAAACUGCUGCUGCUCGGCGGAGGGGAGUCCGGCAAGAGCACCAUCGUCAAACAGAUGAAGAUUAUCCAUGAAGAUGGCUUUUCAGGGGAUGAUGUCAAGCAGUAUAAGCCUGUCGUCUACAGCAACACCAUCCAGAGCUUGGCUGCCAUCCUCCGAGCCAUGGACUCGCUGGGUGUGGAGUUCGGAGACAAGGAUCGAAAGGCGGAUGCUAAGCUGGUUUGCGAUGUGGUCAGUCGUAUGGAGGACACUGAGCCGUACUCUGCAGAGCUCCUCACUGCCAUGAAGCGUGUAUGGGCCGACGCCGGGACUCAGGAGUGCUUCAACCGGGCCAGAGAGUACCAGCUCAACGACUCCGCUCAGUACUACCUGGACAGUUUAGACCGAAUCGGCGCUGCAGACUACCAGCCCACAGAGCAGGACAUCCUCCGAACCCGAGUCAAGACCACCGGCAUCGUGGAAACACACUUCACCUUCAAAAAUCUCCAUUUUAGGCUGUUUGAUGUUGGAGGUCAAAGGUCCGAGCGGAAGAAAUGGAUCCACUGCUUUGAAGAUGUGACAGCCAUUAUCUUCUGUGUGGCUCUGAGUGGCUACGAUCAAGUGCUGCAUGAAGAUGAAACAACCAACCGCAUGCACGAGUCGCUCAUGCUCUUCGACUCCAUCUGCAACAACAAGUUCUUCAUCGACACCUCCAUCAUUCUCUUCCUUAACAAGAAGGACCUGUUUGCUGAGAAGAUCAAGAAGUCGCCGCUCACCAUCUGUUUUCCAGAAUACACCGGUGCUAACACUUACGACGAUGCUACAGCAUAUAUUCAGGUUCAGUUUGAGAGCAAGAACCGCUCUCCUAAUAAGGAGAUCUACUGUCACCUGACCUGUGCCACAGACACAGGGAACAUCCAGGUAGUGUUUGAUGCCGUCACCGACAUCAUUAUCGCAAACAACCUGAGAGGAUGUGGCUUAUACUGAUACCUGGCCGAGCACGGAGGCCGCCGCGGAGAGUCUGAGGUGUUAAUAAUGAUAAUUUUCAUGAUACUUAUAAACACAUCAAUAUGUAAUUCUACACGACCCAAAGAGCUGCAGUCGACACCACACUGGGAUCUGUUUCCUCCGUUAUGAUUUCAGUACACGUCCCCACGUUUGUCUCAUCAUUUGUUUUCUAGUUUGUGUUGAGGGAGGGAAGAGAAGCUGCAGCAUCGGAGGAGCGCGCCGGCGCCAUCUUGUUUUGCAAAACACAACACGAGGAGCACAUAAUGUCAUUUUUACACACACACACACACACACACGUCUCAUUACUUUGGCUGGUCUUUAUUAUCGGCGCUGUCGGAGCCUCUGGUGCUGCAGCGAGUGUGUAGGUGAGGAUGAUGAUGAUGAUGAUGAUGGGGAGGUGCUGUACUCUUGGCCGGGAGAAAGGAGGCUAUUUUAUCUUCUGAAGGGACAAAGCUCCCCUUUCCCUCAGACCCACACAUGACUGAGUCGCCUGUGGGCUUGUUCCACUCCUUCUCUCUCUGACUUUUACUGAAAGAGAUGAUUCUUCUGUUUAAAAAUGGCUGUGCUUUGCCUGUAUGGUGAUAAAAGUGCAGCCAAUAUUUAAAAAAAAAAAUAACAAAAAGUCAUAUCGGUGCCAACUAUCUGAGUCCAACAGAUAGGGGAUUAGUCAGACCACCAUAGUUCAUAUUAUCAAUUAUUUAAGAUGCUUUUAUUAUCGAUGAAUGGAUUAUUUAUCUCCGCCUCCUCCUACCUCCUGAAAGCCUGUGCCACACGUUUAAUUCCUGUGACAAAUUUUGGGUUUUACAAAUGGCCGAUGAGGAUUCGGGGGGGUUGGAAAAACAAGCAACCCUCCAAUGACAUCAUGUUCUCUGUGUGGUGCUUUACCCCUCCAUGUGAAUCUGUUUAGAAAUAGACGACUGCACAAAGAGAACGACUGGCUCAUCAGGGUGAUUUUAUUUUUUAAAAACCUGAGCUGCCCAAAACAGGAAACUACUAUUCCGCCAGAUCCCGUCGCCAAGGCCGGAUCGGCUCUUUAUUCUCACCCGUGCACCUAAACUACCCUCCCUUUCCUCUAUACUCCUAUCACAUAUCAACCCUCAUCUCCAUUUUCACCUUAAGAAGCACCGUAUUGUAUAUAAAUAUUAUGAUUAUACCAGAUUUUUUUUUUUACUGUGAAUGUUUUUGUGCUGCACCCCAUCCUAUUCAGUAGUUUCAUUGGUUGCUCUCAUGUGGAAUGUUUGUGCUGAGCCAAUCGAAUGUUGUGUUUACAUUAAAGCCACACUUUUCCUAACUA